AAAUCCGAUGCUGCCGUCCAGUUCAUCGACUCGGCACUAGAGGAUAACUUCAUCUUCGCUUCGUUGUCCUCCACGGAACGCAGACUCUUGAUCGAUGCGAUGAUGAUGGAGCAGGUACCGGCAGGCACGGUUAUCAUCAAGCAGGGCGAGACCGGAGACUUUUUCUACGUUGUUGAAGAGGGUCACGUGAGCUUUGCUGUCGAUAAUCAACAUGUGGGUUCUACCGGUCGCGGUGGUUCUUUCGGUGAACUCGCCUUGCUGUACAAUUGCCCGCGCGCCGCAACUUGCUUGGCGAAUACGGUCUGUCGUCUGUGGAAGGUCGAUCAGAAGACGUUUCGACAUAUGCUCGCUAACAACACAAACACGCAACAAAAGGAUAUCAACGACGUGUUGCGGAAAGUGCCAUUCUUAGCGGAGCUUGAUGACCGUGAUUUGCUCCGAAUCUCAGAUGCUCUGACGUCGGUCACCUUUCCAGAAGGCGAACGCAUCAUUAACAAAGGCGACGUCGGAGAGGUCUUUUACAUCAUUCGUGAAGGGUCAACUAAAGUACACGAUAUUGGGUUUGGUGACAGUACCUACGUGGACCAGCCACUGGGACCGGGGGACUUUUUUGGGGAACGUGCUCUCAUCACUGGUGAUCCUCGUGUCGCCAACGUGACAGCGACAAGUAGUUGUACUUGUCUUUGCUUGUCGCGUGAUACGUUUGAGAAAGUGCUGGGACCA